AUGUUCUACAUGCGGGCAUUCGGAUAUCUGUUUGCAGAAGCGCGGAACGUGGGUCUGCAAGGGUCUGAUUUCGUGAGCAACAAGAUGAACAUGGCUGUCCACCACAACGAGACCGCGUGGAGGGACCGCUGGGGAUGGACUUCUUCCAAGACACCCACACGUCCUAGGCGAUGA